CCGGCAAGGGAGCGCGGGACGGGUAGGCCCCGGCUGUUGGUGGUGGGGGGUUGGGAGCGGCUGGCGACCGCUGAUACCGCUCUGGAGCCUGGGACUGUGGAGGCCGGAGUUCGUAGGCCUGGUCUGAGGCGGAGCAGCCGACGGGAAAGAGUUGCCAGCGCCCUUCGGUGUGCAGCGGCCUCUCCUGGGCCCGGCGUGUGGGCGGCGGCGCUGCGUCGGGUGACGCGGGGCUUCAGGGGCCGCUUUUCCCUCAGGCCCUUUGCCCUCCGUGGCACACGCGACUUCCCUCAAGCUCGAAGGGGGCCUAAGAACUUUCGCCACACUUCCGAGGUCCUCUAUCCCGGGCCCGGCUGCUGGGGAGACCCGGCCGGGCUGCUUAAGGUCAGCCCUGUAGGCCAAGGGAGAGGCCGGGAAUGGAAGUAAUGCGCGCGUGCCGGGUCGUGGAGGAGGGCCUGUGUAUAUAGUGUGUGUGUCUGUGGGCGAGUGAGCACUUCGAGGAGAUCGCGGUGCGGGGUGGCGGCGGAGUGAAGAGGAAGUUUCUGGCCUUUUUUUUUUUUUUUUUUUGCAACCAUUUGAUGAUGAAUAUCCAGGACGUGCGAAGAGAUUAGGCGUCUCGAGGGCAUGUUAUUUCCAGCCCUAUUGCGCGACCCAUUAAAAAGUUUUGUAUUUAAAGUUACCAUCCCAACUGUUUCUGUGAUACUGUGCGAACCCCUUGCGUUGCAGAAUCUAACGAUGAAUAAAAGCUAUCCCACUGAUUAUAUUUUAGAUAAUGUACGCAGUUUUCAAAUUUCACAAGCGAGUGUGAAUAGAAAAUCCGGAAGAUUUCCCCUUCUUUUCAGGACUGGUUGUGGUGGGCAGGAAAAGUAAUGGGAAUUGAUCUCAAGGAGCAGAGACUUCCUAACCAACAUCAGAAACUUGCUUUUUAAAGUUAACAUUGGGCAUAUUCUCACAACAGAAUGCCAGAAGAAUUCCAAGCUGAAGUGUCUGGUGAAUCACAUUGAAACUGAAUGGCUGCUGCUAGUGUUUCAGUGUAUUAACAGUUGACAUUCAUAAAAGUCUGUUUCAAUGGACUAACAUUGCUACCUCUCUAAAAGGUUUCUGUGUACUACGGUAUUAUGGAAAAUGGAUGCAAGUGUUAUUAAACUACAUAAAGAUUGCAGCAGAUUUACAACUUAAUAUGAUUUCUGCUGCAGAUAACCAGAUAAAUCAGAGUGUGCAUAAAUGUAGGUUUACAUGGACAUAAAGUAGACUUUGAUGUUUAAAUCACUAUAUGCUUUUUGAACAGAAAACUCUGUAAAGUUUGCUCACUGUAAAUGAUUUUAUAUUUAGGGAUAUCAAUGGCCUACCAGUUAAACAUCCAGUUAUGAAACUUGAUGUUCAGAACUGAAAGAGUACAUUAAGCUUCAGAAUAUUGCCCUUCAUUUAAGCACAGCAUUAUGACAGCCACACACACCUCUGGUUGUCUUUCUUUGGGUCCUACACAACCCUGUAUGAAAUAUGAAAACAGCUAUGCAUAAGUGGCAGUUUCAGUUUGCCACUUGGGGCUUGUCCAGUACUACUAAUUUGUCUUAACACGGAUCUAUAAAUGGUCAGUUGCAUGAAAAGUAUUUUGGGUUGGGUGUGUAUGGGAUGUGUUCAUUUAUCAAAUGGGUUCUUUUCAGUAUUUGUAUGUAAAACUUCAUACAGUAAAGUUAAAAAGUUAUAUCAUCAACUUUAGAAAAAGCAUCAUAGUUUGUGUAAGAUUUCCAUAAAGAGAAUGACCAGUUGCCUAAUUGCUUGGGGUUAGUAAAUAUUAUUUCAGAGUGUUUUCUAAGAUUACUGUGUGUGAACUUCUGAGAUGAAGUACUCAAAAUGUUCAGCUAAGUGUUAGAAUGGCUACUGCAUCUUCAUGCAUUGUGUUAUGGCAGAAAGCCAGGAAGUGGCUAUGCUGACCUCUUUGCUCCACCUUGGUAGAGAUCAUAGUACAUGUGUGUGACUGCUAUCUUCAGAGUUCUCUUUACUGCUCUGAUAAUUCUGUGUUUAGAUAUAAAUGGAAGAAUGAGACCUGUGCAGCAUCAUUGUAGUACAAAUGCACUGAAGAAAAGUUUCUUAAGUCCAGAAUAAAUAGUGAUGCUUGGUAACUUAUUUUUUAGACCUAAAUCCUACUGGUUUGAGUAGAGUGUAAUUCUAAUUGUGCCUUGGAUUACAACCGUAGAAACUUUAUGGAAAACUCCUAUCUGUCAAGGGUUGCCAUAUCCAGAAUAUUGGAGCUGUAAGCAAUGUCUGGGUGGAAAUUGGCUAAAUGUCCAGGAAAAUCUGGACGUAUGGCAGCCGGUGUCGGCAGUGUCGUUUUUGCCGAGUUUCCUCAGGAAAGCUCAAAAAUGUCUAAUUUUGGGGGGCAAAACUAGAAAAAGGAAAAGCUCAACUUUACUGUGCAGAUUUUCACUUUUUGAAUAUUUUUAUAGAUUGUUUACAUUUUAGGUCUGACUGUGGGCCAGAUGCCUUAAUCACAUAUUUUGUCGAAACAAACAAACAAAAAUCCUUCCAGUAGCACCUAGAAGUGUGCAUGCACACGAAAGCUCAUACUUAUGACAAACUUAGUUGGUCUCUAAGGUGCUACUGGAAGGAUUUUUUUUUUGUUUCGACUACGUCAGACCAACAUGGCUACCUACCUGUAACACAUAUUUUGUGUUGUGCUCAUAAAGGGCUCUACCCUGAGAAAUAAGAUAUAAAUUGAAAAUAAAAUGGAGCAGUAAUGGGCUUAACAUUUCAAAUAAUUCAGAGUACAUACAUGUUCUAGCAUCUGUUGUGGAUUUGUGUUCUUUUCCAUAAAGUGAAAUUUAUUUACAUAUUGUAGGAUUCUAAAGUUGGAGGACACCCAGUGAUUCAAGUGCUUGAACUCCUAUCCUUUUCUAGAUGUUGCUGUCCUACAAGUCCCAUCAUUCCUGAACAUAGUUGGGGGACUGAUGGCUGGGCUUGAUUAGAGCUGUAGUCUAAAACAUUUGGAGGACACCAGAAAUCUUCAUUGAUAGUAUCCCCUCCAAUACAGUGUAUUCAGCUUUUGACAUCUAGACCCUAUAUUCAACAGAAAUAGAAUCAGGUGAUAGUUUACUUGAAAUCUGGAUGCUUCUGGGGAUGCUUGUAUCUAACACACAAUAGUAACAGAACAGUGGGUAUUCCAAUGGUGGUUUUGGAUACUUCCUGUUGACAGCAGUCAAUAUAAGGUGCUUGUAAUAUCUGUAGUACCGGUGUUAUAUAUAGUGCUUUUCGUUAAUACCAUAGUAACAUUUUUGUGCUGGGGAUAAAUAUAGUUAGGAUAUGGUUGGCAAUUAGUUGUUAGAUAAAUUAACACAAAUGGUUUAGCACUUGUGGUAUUGCAAGGUGGGGAAGGCAAAACCUAUUUCCUAAUUGCAACCUCUUCCUAUAUUUGCUAUAUUGUGUUUGUGGGGGUACUAGUUUGCUUUGUUCUUGUUUUCAUUAUAUACUUUGUGGCUUUAUUCUGUGAACUGUCCUAAGAUCUUCAGAUGAAGGGUGGUAUACACAUUUAACAAAUAAAAUACAAAUAAAUAUUUAAAACAUUUUCUGUUUCUUUCCUUGUGCAAUUAAAAAACAACAGUUUUAUAAUUUUUAAUAUUUGGAAGCUGAUAGUAGCCUAUUUACACUUGCCUUCCAUCUUCUUUUCCCUAGAAUGAAGAUCCAUCAUUCUGUUGGGAUUUGUUCUUUUAGCUCUAUCUAAUGCUAGCUCUCUGUUCCAUCUGAAUCAGGAGAGGUGGCUGAGGUGUUAGACCAGUGCUUGGAGGCAGUAAUGGGUUGGACAUGGGCUAUUAAACUGAGACUGAAUCCUGAAAACAGUAAGGUGUUAUGUGCCCCAGGUUUUUUUGUCUAAGAGGUGGGGAAGUGGAUUCCCUUGGAAGGAACAGAUUAACAGUUCUGGAGUGCUCCUGGAUUCAACAUUGGAGACUCGGGGAACACUGGAGACUAGGAAUGCCUGUUUUCAACUCCAGCUGGUUUGCCAGCUACAAUCCUUUUUGGACAGAGAUUGGCCACUGUACUUCAUGCUCUCCUAACUUCCUGAUUGGAUUCUUGCAAUGAGCUCUGCAUGGGACUGCUCUUGAAGCUGACCACAAAGCUUCAGUUGGUCCAAAAUGCAACAGCCAGAUUACUGGUUGGGGUCCAUUUAGAUCUCAUAUAACCCCUGUUUUAAGCCAGCUGCUCUUGUUGCCAGUUCAUUUCUGGGCCUAAUUCAAGGCACUCACAUUAGUGUUGAAAGCACUAAAUGACUCAGGCCCCAAAUACCUGAAAGAUUUCCUCCUUCCUUACAGACCCUCUUAGGUGCUGAGAUCAGCAGGGUGAUGGUGGUGGCCUGGAAGCUGUGGAACUCUCCCCACAGAGGUGUGUCUGUCACCUUCAUUAUACAGCUUCUGGAGAAUGCUAAAGAGCCACCUCUACCAUGGCUAUCUUAGGACACACUUUAUCAUUGUUAUUCUCUUCUCAUUGAUGGAGAUGAAACCUCCUAUUUCUCGUGCAAAGAUGAUUCUUAUUACUAAAGCUGCCAUCAAAGCUAUUAAGCUUUACAAACACGUAGUCCAGAUUGUAGAGAAGUUUAUAAAAAAGUGUAAACCAGAAUACAAAGUUCCUGGAUUGUAUGUUAUUGACUCUAUUGUUCGUCAGUCUCGUCAUCAAUUUGGAACAGACAAGGAUGUUUUCGGGCCAAGAUUCUGUAAAAAUAUAACUGCCACAUUCCAGUAUUUAUAUCUCUGUCCAACAGAAGACAAGAGUAAGAUAGUUCGUGUCCUCAACUUGUGGCAGAAAAAUGGAGUGUUUAAAAUAGAAAUAAUUCAACCUCUCCUCGACAUGGCAGCAGGAGCUAGCAGUACUGCUUCAAUGACAGAAGAUACUACUAAUAAUGAAGGUUCACCACCUCCUGCCACAGCAAUUCCAUCUGAGCCUCUUCAAGUUGCUUCUAAUUCAGUACCUGCUGUGCCGCAAUUGCCCAGUUCUGAUGCCUUUGCAGCUGUAGCCCAGUUAUUUCAGACAACACAAGGACAACAGCUCCAACAGAUUCUUCAGACUUUUCAGCAGCCUCCGAAACCUCAAUCUCCUGUGAUAGAUAACAAUGUAAUGGCUCAGGUCCAUGCUAUUACUGCCCAGCUGCAGACUACAGCAACACAACCAUCAGAACAAAAACACGAUUUCUCAGCAUCUGAGCAAAAGACAUCUUUUGAUAAGAAGCUGUUGGAUCGAUUUGACUAUGAUGACGAACCAGAAGCAGUAGAAGACACCAAGAAAGAGGAACCAACACCUCCUGUAAUCUCUCAACCAACAUUUGGUUUUCCGGGUGAAGGUAUGCAACAACCAGUUUAUGCCCAGCUCCCGAAUAUAGACCAAUAUCAGCAACGAGUGCUUGGAAUGCAGCAGGAACCUAUGCUUCACCAGGUCCCACUUCCUCCAAAUGGACAAAUGCCAAGUUAUGGACUUCUACCUGCAACACAAUUUCCUCCCAUGACUCAGCCUGGGAUGCAACCCUCACCCCAGGUGCAACAACCUUUCCAGCCUUCUUUUCCAGCACAAAGUGAACCACAUACACAGAAACAUUCACACCAGCAGGAAAUGGAAGUAGAUCAGCCUCCUGUUCACGAAGGAAAGAGGCAUGAGAGCAGAAAGUCAAGAUCUAGAUCUGCAUCAAGAUCACCCAAAAGGAGAAGAUCACGGUCUGGUUCUCGGACAAGAAGAUCACGCCAUCGCCGUUCCCGUUCCCGGGACAGACGCCGCCAUUCCCCUCGAUCCCGAUCCCAAGAAAGGCGUGAAAGGGAGAGAGAGAAAGAGCGCAGAGCAAAAGGCCUUCCUCCAAUCAAAACCGAAACUGUUAGUGUUUGCAGUACAACACUAUGGGUAGGCCAGUUGGAUAAACGAACAUCACAGCAGGAUGUUGGAGGUCUCCUAGAAGAGUUUGGACCAAUUGAAUCUAUAAAUAUGAUACCACCAAGGGGAUGUGCCUAUAUUGUAAUGGUGGAAAGACAAGAUGCAUACCGUGCUCUUCAGAAACUGAGUCGUGGGAACUUUAAAGUGAAUCAGAAAUUUAUAAAGAUUGCGUGGGCUUUAAAUAAAGGAAUUAAACCAGACUAUAAGCAGUAUUGGGAUGUAGAAUUAGGCGUUACCUACAUACCAUGGGGUAAAGUUAAGCCUGAAGAUCUGGAAAGCUUCUGUGAAGGAGGAAUGCUGGACAAUGAAACACUUAGUCCUGAAUGGAAAGGAAUUCCCAAAAAAUCAGAAAACCAAGUAGCCCAGAAUGGAGGCGCGGGAGACGCUGCACAUAAUGAACAAACUUCUCCGGUUGCUAAAAAUAUGUCCAUUCAAAUGCCUGUUCCCAUGCCCACACCAAUAACAGUGCCUCCACCACAGGUUCCACCACAUCAGCCAGGACCUCCAAUGGUUGGUACACUUCAGCCACCUACAUUUACCCCUCCCAUGGGAAUGCCACCUCCAGGAUUUGGUCCUGGAGUUCCACCUCCGCCUUUUUUGAGGCCUGGCUUCAACCCAAUGCAUUUGCCUCCAGGUUUCCUUCCUCCUGGACCACCGCCACCUAUUAACCCCCCAGUUUCAGUUCCUCCGGUCUCUGUUCCUCCUUCUCCAGGAGUAAACAUCCCAAACUCUACUGUGGCCAAUAUAAAUGAAGACACUACAAAAGACUCUUCUGUGGGAAACCCCAUUCCAACAGUAGUUUCUGCAGCUAGAGGAAAUGCUGAAAAUGCAGAUGGCUCCAAAGGAUAUCCAAAUGCUCUGCCACCCGUAACUUCUACAAGUAUCUCAGCUUCUGUCACCCAACCAGUUCCACUCCUUGGUACUCAAGGAGCUACACCCAGCCCUGUGAUUGGGCUACAGACACCUUCCACGGGCCUCUUGGGUGCACGGCCUGGUUUGAUACCACUCCAGCGACCCCCAGGAAUGCCACCACCUCAUCUGCAACGGUUUCCAAUGAUGCCACCUCGGCAUAUGCCUCCCCAUAUGAUGCACAGAGGUCCACCUCCAGGCCCAGGAGGUUUUGGGAUGCCUCCGCCUCAUGGGAUGAAGGGCCCUUUCCCCCCACCUGGCCACUUUGCAAGGCCUGGUGGAAUGCCUGGAGGGGGGCCUAGUGGACCCGAUGAUCGAGAUGGAAGACAGUUCAGGAAUGAUAGGCAGCCGUUUACUCCAAAUAGAGACCAGGAAAGGUUUGGAAGGAGGUCUUUUGGAAAUCGGAUAGAAAAUGAACGAGACCGCUAUGGUAACCGCAAUGAUGACAGAGAUCAUGAACGCCUUGGUAAUCGUGAAAGGAGAGAAUGGGGAAGAAGAAGCCCUGAACGUGAUAGACACAGAGACUUGGAGGAAAGAAAUAGGCGUUUCAGUGGACAGAGAGAGAGAGAUUCUAGAGAUAGAGAAUCUCGCAGAGAAAAGGACGAAAAUCGAGGAAAGGAGAAACCAGAGUUGACAGACAGGGUAGAUGGUGUUAAAAACCAUGAACCCCAGAUCAGCAAAGUGGAAAAUACAGACUCUGUUCCAGAACUUAAAAGGGGGGAGGCUGAACCCACAGGUGCAAAACCUGCUGAAGAGUUAACAUCCGAGACUACCUCAUCUCUUGAACAUCCUGAAGAGUCUACUGGCUCACUCACAGAGGCUCCUCGCUAGACUGGAAUACUUGUCAAAAAAAAAAAGUGACAUUGGAGUAUAGAGCUUUAGAGUUGUA